AUGCUCCGUGUCUAUGCGGUGUCAGGGCAAGAGCUUAUCGCUGUCCAAGUGGAGAAGGGAUCCGUUCAUGUAGCAGGCUUGAAGAAUGAGCUGCGGAGCAGGCAUGGCUUCCCAGUACAGAUGCAAGAGCUUCUUUACAACGGGAUCAGGGUGAACGAUGGGAUGUGGCUACCUGUAGCACCAUGCACAACGGUCGACCUGCAGCUAGUUUUGCUAUCGUUUGCAAACCCCACUCUCGAGCAGCGGCAAGCAGCUUCCAACGAGCUUCGGUACGCUUUUGAGAGUGGCCGCCUAGACGUCGUGCAGUCGCUGUUAGAAGCUGGGGCUGACACGAAUACGCCAGAUGCAGGCGGUCACACAGCUCUCAUGCGCGCGGCAGAAGCAGGAAACCAAGAGAAGGCAAAGUUGCUGCUGAAAGCUCGGGCAUGGGUAGACUGGGAGACUCGAAAUGGCACAGCUCUUAUCGUGGCAGCUCAAAACGGUCAUACGGAAAUGCUGCAGCUGCUUUUGCAAGCUGGUGCAGGGAAGGACGUUCAGGAUGACUUCAGAGACACAGCGCUCAUUUGCGCAGCGCGAGGCGGACAUACGGCUGCCGUCCAGUUGUUGGUGGAUGCCGGUGCCAACACAGAGCUGACGAACCUUUACCGGGACACACCCCUCAAGUACGCAGCGGAAAAGGGCGACCUGUGUGUUGUGCAGGUUCUGUUGAGAGCCGGUGCCAACAGGAACCGAAAGAACUGUUAUGGCAGAACAGCCCUCAUGUACGCGGCGAAGAAUGGCAAAAGCGAGAUUGUGCAAGUGCUGUUGGAAGCUGCUGCUGACCAGAACUUGCAAGACAACGGGCGCCGGACAGCUAGCCAGCUUGCAGCCAAGCACAUGCACACGGAGAUUGUGCAGAUGCUGGCAAGAGUGUGA